UUUAAUUGACUUAAUAAAAUUAAGGUCAUGAAUGAGGCCGUCAUUGUAACCGGGCAUCCGGAGAGUGGCUCAUGACCGGAGGGCCCGACCCUGUGCGCGUUGUUGAGAGCGGCGCAGGCCAAUUUAUUCCAGUAAGAGCUCUAGGGUCACGGCAGCGGGGCCCGGGCCUGACCAGCUCUCCUGGGGCCCUUUCACUGCUGGCUGCCCAGCACCCGCCGGCCCGUCUGCCAGGAAGUGCCGUCAUCUCCCGCAGCUAUGGCGGGGCUUCGCCCCUCGCCAAGCGGCAGCAGGUGAGCCCGGCUGCCGCCGCGGCGAAGGCCACGAUCCUCCGCAGACAGGCCUGGAAAUGCGUGCCCGAGCGCCGCGUGUGCCAUCUGCGGGGCUUCCGCGGGCCGCCGCUGCGCGGGCGCGCCGAGGGAGGUCUCCCCCAGGUGUCCUUCCUGCCCCUUCGGUGCUCGUCCCUGCGGUGGCGCUCGGCGGGAGGGGCGGGGGCCGUGCCGAGCGGCGGCGCGCGGGGCCCGCCCAGCGGGGCGCGUCACGGCGCGGCGGCGGCGCGCGGCGAGGCGGGGGCGGUGCCGGCCGCAGUCAGCACGGGGCAGCGAGUGGCGCGCUGGCUGCGCGCACCCUGCACACGGCGCGCUGCCACGGAGGGAGCGAGCACCAUGUGCCGGCCAGCGCUCGCCCGGCUGCUGCUCUUCCAGCUGCUGCUGCUGAAGGUGCAUCUCGGCAAAGGCGCCGUCAAGGAGUGCGAGGAGAACCAGUUCCAGUGCCGGAACGAGCGAUGCAUCCCCGCCGUCUGGAAAUGCGAUGAGGACGACGACUGCUCGGAUAACAGCGACGAGGCGGAUUGCCCAAAGAAAACUUGUGCCGAGUCAGAUUUCACUUGUGACAAUGGCCACUGCAUCCCAGCGAGGUGGAAAUGUGAUGGUGAAGAAGAAUGUCCUGAUGGGUCAGAUGAAUCAGAAGCAGCAUGCACCAAGCAAGUAUGUCCAGCUGAAAAAAUUAGCUGUGGAGACUUAAGCAACAAAUGUAUCCCGUCGUCCUGGAGAUGUGAUGGGCAGAAGGAUUGUGAAAGUGGUAUUGACGAGGCUGGUUGCACUCCUGCCUGUUCUCCCAAUGAGUUCCAGUGCAGUAACAAGUCAUGCAUCUCCAUCAUCUUUGUGUGUGACGGUGACAAUGACUGCGGGGAUGGCAGUGAUGAAAGAAAAUGCUCCCCUCUGACCUGCAACCCCAAUGAGUUCCAGUGUAACAACAGCGUGUGCAUCCCAGAACUGUGGGUCUGCGAUAACCAGCCGGACUGUGAGGAUCAGUCGGACGAGUCCAUAGAGAAGUGUGGCUACGAUGCUAAGGCCCUCAACACCUGUGCAGCUCAUGAGUUCCAGUGCGGCAAUGGUGAAUGCAUCCACCUGAACUGGAAGUGUGACGGGGAUGAAGACUGCAAGGACAAGUCUGAUGAGCAGGAUUGCCCUCUGGUGACCUGCAGACCGGAUGAAUUCCAGUGUGGCGAUGGGACCUGUAUCCACGGAGCAAAGCAAUGUGACAAAGUGCACGACUGUCCUGACAACAGUGACGAGGCAGGCUGCGUCCAAGAGUCAGCAUGUGAAAGUCCCAGCAAGUUUCAGUGUAAGAGUGGAGAGUGCAUUGACGGAGGCAAAGUGUGCGAUUCACAUAGAGACUGCAGGGACUGGUCUGACGAGCCUCUGAAAGAAUGUGGUAUUAAUGAAUGCUCUAUGAACAACGGUGGUUGCUCACACAUAUGCAAAGACUUGAAGAUUGGUUAUGAAUGUGAAUGCCCGCCCGGAUACAAGCUUCUGGAUAAAAAAACGUGUGGAGACAUAGAUGAAUGUGAGAAUCCAGACGCUUGUAGCCAGAUCUGCAUUAAUUACAAGGGGGACUACAAAUGCGAGUGCUACGAGGGAUAUGAGAUGGACACCCUGUCCAAGAACUGCAAAGCUGUAGGCAAGAGUCCAUACCUAAUCUUCACCAAUCGCCACGAAGUCCGUAAGAUAGACCUGGUGAAGAGGGACUACUCUCGCAUCAUUCCCAUGCUGAAGAAUGUCGUGGCGCUGGAUGUGGAGGUGUCAACAAACAGAAUAUAUUGGUGUGAUUUGUUCUACCGAAAAAUCUACAGUGCCUACAUAGACAAAGCGAGUGACACAGCUGAGCAGGUGAUUCUGAUAGACAGCCAACUGAACUCUCCUGAAGGACUGGCAAUAGACUGGGUUCAUAAGAAUAUCUAUUGGACGGACUCUGGAAACAAGACCAUCUCAGUGGCCACUGCAGAUGGAAGCAGAAGGAGGACACUUUUCAACAGUGACCUCAGUGAGCCAAGAGCCAUUGCUGUUGAUCCCACACGGAGGUUCAUGUACUGGUCUGACUGGGGAGACAAAGCUAAGAUCGAGAAAGCUGGCCUGAAUGGCGUGGGGCGGCGAGUGCUGGUGACUGACAACAUUGAGUGGCCAAAUGGCAUCACACUUGAUUUGCUGAAUCAGCGUCUCUACUGGGUAGACUCCAAAUUGCAUUCACUGUCCUGCAUUGAUUUCAAUGGCAGCAACAGAAAAGUUCUAAUCUCUUCUGUUGACGAUCUGAGCCAUCCUUUCGGCUUAGCAGUGUUUGAGGACAGAGUGUUCUGGACUGACCUGGAGAAUGAAGCAAUCUUCAGCGCAAACAGGCUGAAUGGCUUGGACAUCUCCGUUUUGGCAGAAAAUCUCAAUAAUCCUCAUGACAUCGUGGUAUUUCAUGAAUUAAAGCAGCCCAAAGCUCCAGAUUCCUGUGAGCUCAGCCCCCAACCAAAUGGAGGCUGCGAGUAUUUGUGUCUUCCUGCACCUCAGAUCUCCCCCCAUUCUCCUAAGUAUACAUGUGCCUGUCCUGACAAUAUGUGGCUGGGUCCUGACAUGAAAAAAUGCUACAAAGAUCUUCCAACUACUUCAACUACUGUUCUGGCAUCUACAACUGCAGCAUCCCGUACUGCCAGUACCACGACCAUUGCAACUGUAAUCGGCAGUGCCAAUAACACUGCUGAAGUCAUCCUCAAAGCUGUAUCAGAAGCUACAAUCACCACCCCAAGUUUUCAUUUACCUUCAACCACAUCCAUCCUUAUAGAUACUGAGAUAACCACUGGAAACAGCAAUUUAUCACAGCACUAUGCAAAUAAUGACCAAGGCUUUGAUUCAACUGUGACAGCAGCUGUUAUUGGAAUUGUCAUUCCUGUUGUGGUCAUUGGCUUGCUGUGCAUGGGGGGAUACCUCAUCUGGAGAAACUGGAAACGGAAGAAUACUAAAAGCAUGAAUUUUGAUAAUCCAGUGUAUAGGAAGACAACGGAAGAGGAAGAUGAAGACGAGAUCCACAUUGGGCGGACUGCCCAAAUUGGACAUGUCUACCCAGCGCGUGUGGCAUUAAGCUUAGAAGAUGAUGGGUUGCCAUGAGGAUGAAGUUGCUGCUCCAAACAACACACUGAACAGAUUUGCUCUGGAUCGCCGAACUUACUUCUUUUUAAUCAUUAUUUAUGUUGCAGAAGGGUAACCACAAAGUUAUAAUGAACUGCAAACAUCCAAAGGAUGUGAGAGUUUUGUAUGUAUAAUCUUUUAUACACAUUUUAACUUGCUGCACUACCCCUUUGUGAUAGUGAAUAAGCGACAGCUGAGCUACUAACUCAAUGUACAUAACCAGCCAGGCUGAAGGUUCAGUAGCUAUUGCUUUAUUUUAAGACUAUAUUUAUAGAUAUUUUGUAAAUAUGUUGAAUAUGCUUUGUGGCUAUCCAUCAACAUAAGUAAAACAAAUUUUGUACAGGCAGGUUAGAAAUAUUUAUUAACAAAAUCUGGAUUAUAAGAUCUGUUCUGUAAAUAUAGUAGAGGGGUGAGAGUAUUUAUUUUUUGUAUGUUUGGCUUGCUGUGCAUAGAUUAUCUGUGUAUAUAUCUAUCUAGUCUAGAUAGAUAUAUAGGAAUAUAAAUAUAUACAUAUCUAUAAAUAUAUACAUAUAUUUUAAAUCUACUAGCCUACGUUUAUGAAAAUUAAGGAUAAUUGAAUUUUACAGGAUUUUUGAGAAGUUUGCUUUGAAAUCUAAAGACACUGAGUAAGAGUGAGCUGUACUGUAAGAGAGCUGACUGCUGAAGCACUCCCCUAACAGACCUCCUCUUCCAAACUUGCUCGUAGAGGUGGUUUUUCCAUUUUCCAGUCUACCCAGAACGAUUCACCUGCAGUGCUUGUAACUAAAGAGCUAUUGCUUUAGAGCAUUGCUGUCAGGAGAAACUCCUACAGUGCCCAAUUUUUUUUGUUCGUAUCAUUGCUUUUUACAGCUUGGAACAAAUUUGAUUUAGGUUUUUUGGUUGUUUCUAAAUGUAAAUCUAAAUGUUUUUCCCCACUGGGAAUCUUGCACCUCUCAAAUUAGCUUAGAAUGAGUAGAAACAAAGAUUUAGCCGUAUACUUCCAUACGCCCAAAGUGAGCGCUCUCACCUGGCUCAUCAGGAAAACAAACCCAACACAGUAACAGAAGUUAAUUCCUUCCCUCCUUGCCCUUUUCCCCUACACAUAUUGAUUAAGAGCCCAGAUUUAGGAGAUGCUAUGGGGCAACAUCUUAAUUCCCUGUACAUUGACUCCUUUGAAGCACAGCACUUCUCUUCCAAAUUACUGCCAAAGGAACACUCUGCACCAUGGUAGAUCUCCCAUGCCCCAGAGCACUAGGCAAGGAGGUUAAAGGAGGUAAAAAUCCACAGCUGUAGGAACAGUGCCUGUGGCUGGGCCAUCCUGUGUCCUGCAGAAAAAACAGUCUUGUCUCAUCUCAUUCAGUAAGAUUCUCGGGGAACUCCACGGGAAGCAAAUGCACUUACCUAUCACUGCAUAACAGGCUAGUACCUCCUGAACUGUACCAAAACCUAGAGAAAUCUUCCCAGCAUUCUUACAUCAGUCCAAGGUUUUGUAUUCAAGUGAGUAGAAGAAACUCAGCCUGAAUAGGUUUGGGGUUUACUUUUUUUCCUUUUGUUUUUCUUUCUUUUAGAAUAAAUUCAGUGUAAUGUGAGCUGGAAGUUGAUUCUUGACUGAGAAAAGGAAGAAAGUGUCUAAAGACCUAGUACGCAUCACAAACAUAAUACAUACUCUCCAAUACUUUGUGGCCUGCAUAGACAAUACAGAAAUAAUCAAGCAUCCUUCUAUUCCAAUUUUAGAUUUUAAGGCAGUGAAAAAAUUGAGAUACCCAGUUAUUGUUUUAAGGUUUGAAGCUCUGUUUCUACAAAUCCAUGCACUGUGUGCAUGAAGAAAAAAAACUGAGAAAGGCUGUAUGUGAUAACACUGUAACUAACAGAGGAAUGUAAAUAUAUUUGAAAGUUCUACAGUUUUGAUACUUUUUUAAGAACACAUACACACAAACAAACCUGUAUAAACCAUGUACAAAAGGCUGCAGUUUUUUUCAAACCAUUGUAAAUGAACCCAAUGUGCAGUGCUGAUUUCAACCUUUACAGAUUUGUAACUACUGAGAAGUUAAACACCAAAUUUGUUUUUUAAGAAAUUAAUUAUUUUAAAUAAUGGUUCAGAUUGUUAGGAUGAUAUUUAACAUUGUAAUCAUUUCUGAUCUGUCUUGUCAUAUUGAAGUUCUGUUAGAGUAAGUUCUUGCUUGGUGCCUUUUGUGUUUCAGUUUUUAUGUUACAGACAGGACCAGGGAGGGGCGGGGGAGGGAUCUGCUCUGUGUAACACUUGCUGUACUUACAUCAAUAGGGGUUACUGAAAACCAAAUGAACACAUUUGUAAAACAGUGCACUGUUUCUAUAGAAAGAUUAAAUUUUUUUAUCUGGGACUACUGAACUAAUUAUAGUGCUUAAAACACUGGCCUAGACCUGGGACAGUAUCAUUUUGGUCUGAGUUUUCCUUUACUCUUAGUUGUCCAAACUAUUACAUGUUAUUACAUUAUUACAUGUGUUCAAGGGCUAGCUGCAAACUACUCAAUUUCUUUGUACAGUUUUUGGUAAAGCAGAUCUACAGAAACUGAAAAACUCGUUACAGCCAAAUACGCAGUCUUCUGCAAUCCUGAGAAAAAGGCAGAAAUGCUGCUAUUCUUGGAGUGACAACAGGCAGUCUUACAUUUUCUUUCUUAAGCAUACAAACAAUCUCUUCUGUGGAAAUAAAGCCGAAAUGAGAUCCGCUGUACUAGAAGUACAAUGACAGCUUUAGUUGGAGAUGCAAGUGUGUCAGAACUAAAUGUGCCGGUAGCUCGCUCGCUCUUCCCCUUCUCUUGUGAAAGUGAAAUCCUACGUAAGAAACAAGGCUACUGUGAACAAGGAGGGAGGACUGGAGCCAUUUUCUGAAAUGGAUGGGCAGUUUGGCUCCUACACAAACUUACCUACGAUGUUUCCCUGAGCAGGUGCUCAAAUGCUUGAAGACUUUUCUCCUUUUAGCUAUUGCUGUACGUCCCCUGUGGUCUGUCUUUGUGGGAAAUCUACUGCAUAACUUCACUUAACAUUCACGUAAUCAGCCAUGGGAUAAAGUAGCCAUAAAUACCAAUAUCCAUUGAUACGUACCAAGACAACCAAAUUGGCUUCAAAUGACUGUUUGUUUUCCUACCCCAGGUAAUUUGCAGGAUACACUUGAGCAUUAGAAAUCAGAGCUCUGAAGACAAUGCCACCUUUCACUUCCAAAAACUUUUGAAGCAGUGCAUUUAUUGAACGGAUCUUUUAGUCACUUUUUCCUCCCUAAAGGAACACUGCUAAGCAGCUAGCACUUCUCAGACACAAAUAGUUAUUACCAAACUAAUACAGACUUAUGUACUGGCAAAUAUUGGUGGUUUAAUUUUCUAUUUAACUGAAAAGAGGGUUUUGUUACUUUAAAGUACAUCCUCAUUUAAGUUAAACAUUUUAGCAGAAUAAUAUGGUAGCAAGUAGAAUAACCAACAACAAAAAAUCUCUCCAGGUCUAAACAGAGAGGACAGCACAAAUGAAAAGAAGCAGCAGAGCCUCAUAAAGGAGCCCAAGACCUAUCUGGGGCACUGAGGUUUCAGGUAUGCCUGCCAAAACAACUAUCUUG